CACAGGAUCGAACCUGUCAACAACUACGGUUUCACUUUGUGACGGAAAUGCACAAACUAGAUUCUUGCCCGAAUUUAGCCGGAAUCUGACAGAGGCGGGACUGAAAUUCAGAUCGUGUAGCCCUCAGAUACCAACUCUCCGUCGCCUCACACCUGGAAUCAGGGUCGAUGCUGUCAUUAUCUUCUUUGUUAAUUUGGGCCAACAAAAUAAAAAACAUCUAAAUAUGGUGCCUUCUGGAAGAAAACAUGCAGGGAAAUCUGGGAAGACAUCAAUGGAGGAUCAGGUUGUAAGAGCCUUUGACUUUGAGAAGGAAGAUAAAAAAGAUCUGAGUGGUUCAGAGGAGGAUGUUACCGAAGGGAAGACUCCAGUAAUUGAGAAGCAUGGGAAGAAAAGGACUUCUGCAGCAGUGUUUGAAGAUAUGGGGGGUGAAGUACAAAAUAUGCUGGAAAGAUUUGGAGCUGACAUUAACAAGGCUCUUCUUGCCAAGAGAAAAAGACUAGAAUUGUAUACCAAAGCUUCUCUCAAAACUAGUAACCAGAAAAUUGAACAUGUUUGGAAAACCCAGCAAGAGCAAAGGCAGAAGCUUAACCAAGAAUAUUCUCAGCAAUUUCUGACUUUGUUUCAGCAGUGGGAUAUAGAUGUGCAGAAAGCUGAGGAACAAGAAGAAAAACUAGCUAACAUGUUUCGACAGCAACAAAAGGUUUUUCAACAAUCUAGAAUUGUUCAGAGCCAGAGACUGAAAACAAUUAGACAGUUAUAUGAGCAGUUCAUAAAGAGUAUGGAGGACUUGGAGAAGAAUCACGAUAGUCUACUUACUGGUGCACAAAAUGAACUUAGAAAAGAAAUGGCUAUGUUGCAAAAAAAAAUUAUGAUGGAAACUCAGCAGCAAGAGAUGGCAAGUGUUCGAAAGUCUCUUCAGUCCAUGUUAUUCUGAUGACUCUUUGAAGGAAGAACUUGAACCUAAGUAAUAUGAUACAAUUACAACAUUAGCUAAGAGGCAUGUAAUUCUUUUAGAGUGGUUUAAAAAUUCUAGUUUAAAAUACAUCGUGUUAAAUGUUAGCUUAAGUGCAAGACCCUUCCUUCUGUUAACCUUCAGAUAAAGCUGAGCAGUUAUGUGAGUCCAGAUCUUUAAUAGUAAUAGUGAAUUUUUC